AAGUUACCUCUCUCAAAACCCCACGGCUGAGAUUUAUAAAUAUACACACAUCGAUUUCGCAGUCAUAUGCUUGCAUCCAUAACCUAAAGAGGCGAGAGAGUGAGAGUCGUCGUCGUCGCGAUGGCGGUCGCUACCGAAUCUGUCAGCUUCGGUGAAAAUAAUAAUUUCGAUAGCUGGUUAAACACAAAACUCGGCGAGUUGGAGGUCGACGAGAGUGUCUUCAGUAGUUACAUACGCUCCAUACUCGAGGACGAUGAAUCCGACGACGAGAAGAGAGAAGGGCUCGAGUCGUUACUCUCCGGCGCCACGAAUGAAGCUACUGCAGAGAAUAUUUUCAAACAUGUAAAUGAAAUUUUGGAAGCAUGGGCCAAAAUGAAUCAACCAAUAGAAACUCCAGUUGAUAAUACACCAAAAGAGGAUGUUGAUGUGCGAUUGGCCCGCUUGCUUGAAUCUCAAAGUCUUGCCACUACCUCACACAAAAAUCAUUACACAGAGGAGGACAAAAAAAUUCGAGAUGCAAUUUUAGCACAAUACAGUCAAAUGUCAGAUGAUAACGAAAGCGACGGUGAUUAUGUUGAAGAAGGUGGCGGUGGUGGAGGUGGUAGUUCUGGAUUAGAAAAGAAUACAAACGUUGCCAACAUAAUUCAAGCACAAAAAGAGAGAAGAGAACAAGCUAAACUUGAAAGUAUGAAGAAAAAAGAAAAGGAUAAAGAAGACAGAGAAAAACAGAAAAUAAUGAAGGAAGAAAAGAAAGAAAAACGUAAAACUGUUAAAGGAGAGAGAAGAAGGUAGCAUCAAAUUGAUCCAAAGGUGUCAUUUUUAUUAAGUUUCUUUACCAUGAAAUGCUAUUGCGUUUCUCUUGAUAUAUACCAAUUUUAAUUGUUUUAUAAAGUCAUUGUAUUCUUAUUGUGUUUUAUAAUGAUCUCCGUGAUAUACAUUUUGUAAAUCAAUGCCAACAUUAUGUACAAUAGCAUUAAAACUUAUCUCACAUGAGUUUAGAUGUCAAAUACAAACAAGUCACAUAGCAACUAUA